AUGGAUGUUGGCGAAAGCUUUCCUAAGGAAGCCAUCGAGAAAGUCAGCGAAGUGAAGGAGAUAAACGCUUCAAACAUAGUGAAGAUGGGCAAGUUUCUUGGUUCGGGAACCUUUGGUCAAUGCUAUUUGGGUAUGUACUGCGGCAUACUUGUCGCAAUAAAAGAAUUCCACCGAACCAAUAAAGGCGAGGAGGAAAACCUCAGGAAAGAAGUGAAGCAUGAGGCGACAGUUAUGAGUGAGCUCGGCGAUCAUCAUGGCCUUCCACUGCUUUUUGGAGUCGAUUUGCAGAACCACCCCUACAAAAUCGUGCUCCAGUUUCACGGCGAAAAAGAUCGCAGUUUAACCAUCCACAAAGCAGCAAAGCAGAAAAAGCUCACCAACGACGAAUGGUUAGACGUGGUUGACGGCGUCGGAAAAGCCCUCGAACACGUGCAUUCCAAAGGGUUUUGCAUAACGACCUAA